AUGCAAGAGCGGAAGGAAAAUAGUCGACGGGAAACUCGAACGCUUCGCAUUGAAACCACAGGGUUAAUUCCGCCUUCAAUAAAGGCUUGUUUGGGCUUUGACUUAUAUCCUUCCCUGUAUUUCAGAUCAAUACCUGAUCACUAUGCAAAUAAACUUGUAUCAGAAGGUAUUCUAACUGAAGCUGAAGUCGAGAGCAUAACAACAGAAUUCACCAAGUAUUUACAAUCGCAAUUCGAACAACAUCAUUCCUACCAGCCGGAGGUAUCAUAUUACCAAGAUCAAUGGUCAGGAAUGAGUGCUGCACCACGAGCUGUGGAACUCUGGGGUACUGGUGUUGACACUGAAAUGUUAAAGCAAGUCGGACGAGCUUCUGUCAUUGUACCUGAUGAAUUUGUCAUACAUCCCCAUUUAGCAAAAACUCAUGUAAAAAAUCGAUUGAACAAAUUGUCAGAGGAAAAAGGACUUGACUGGGCUACAGCGGAGGCUCUUGCUUUUGGAUCAUUGCUAAUGGAAGGCCGGAACGUUCGCAUUAGUGGAGAAGAUGUUGGUAGAGGCACCUUCGCUCACAGACAUGUUAUGUUUAUAGACCAGGAUACAGAGAAUAUACACAUCCCACUGAACCAUAUACACAAGGAUCAGAAAGGGUUUUUAGAGGUGGCAAAUUCAAUUUUAUCUGAAGAAGCCGUAUUGGGAUUCGAAUAUGGGAUGGCAUUUGAUUCGCCUGAAAAUCUUUGUUUGUGGGAAGCACAGUUCGGCGAUUUCUAUACGGGAGCGCAGAUUAUAGUUGACAAUUUCAUUGCUUCUGGUGAAUCGAAAUGGGUUCGCAGCAACGGUCUAGUGAUGUUACUUCCACACGGAUUCGAUGGAGCAGCAUCUGAACAUUCCUCGUGUAGGAUGGAGAGGUUUUUGCAGCUAACAGAUAGUUCAGAGAUAAGCCCAGACUCUGAAGCUGUGAACAUGAACGUUGCAAAUGCCACAACACCAGCUCAAUACUUCCAUUUGUUAAGGAGACAGAUGGUUCGAAACUACAGAAAACCGUUGGUUGUGGUUUCACCAAAAACUCUUCUGCGGUUGGCUGAAGCGACAUCCAACUUGUCAGAAUUCGCGCCCGGAACACACUUCAAGCCUGUUAUUGGUGAUCAAAUUGCCGAUCCAUUGAAAGUGAAAAGGGUGUUUUUCGUCAGUGGCAAACAUUAUUACGAAUUGCAUAACGAACGGUUGAAAAAUAAAAUUGAUGAUGUCGCUAUUGUGAGAGUAGAAUUGCUUUGUCCUUUCCCCGUGCAGACAAUACAAGCUGAAUUGCAAAAAUAUACUAACGCUAGAAACACUUUAUUAUUUUUAGAAUUCAUAUGGUGUCAGGAAGAACAUAGGAAUAUGGGUGCAUGGAGUUUCGUCAAACCACGCUUUGAAAAUCUUGUCGGGAGAAAGCUCCUAUACGCCGGUCGUCCUGAAGCACCAACAACAGCAGUGGGAGCACCUAAACUUUACAAAGUGGAAGUUGAUUAUAUACUACGCCAACCAUUUUUGACAUAA